UUGUUUUGAGCCAAUAGCCAAUGGUGCGCAAUUACGCAACAGUUUGGUUAUCUUGUCACCUUUGGAGGUGUACCUUGGGACGUGGUAGUUAUGGGGCCAACGGUGAGCCGUUAUCACUUUCGUUAUGUAACACUGCAGCGAGUUGUUUGUUGUUUUGACCGGUUAGUUGGGAUCUGAGGACAUGGUUGAUUUGGAGAAGGAAUGGAGCUUCUCCUUUGCAGGAUGCGGGUUCAUGGGGAUCUACUACGUCGGAGCCAGCAGCUGCAUCCUGGAGAGGUUCCCUGGUUUCAUUCAAGGCGCCUCGAAGAUCUACGGAGCGUCUGCAGGCGCUUUGAUGGCCGCUGUGCUCACAGUUGGAGUCCCCCUGGAGCUGUGCUGUGCCGAUUUGAUGACGAUGGCCAAAGAGGGCCGGAGGCACAGACUGGGGCCCCUGCACCCGGCUUUCAACCUGAUGCAGCUGGUGAAGGACUCGCUGCUGCGGAGCCUCCCGGAAGACGCCCACGUCCGGGCCUCCGGGAAGCUCCACGUGUCCCUCACCAGAGUCUCGGAUGGGAAGAACGUCCUUGUGUCCGAGUUCGACAGCAGAGAGGAGCUCAUCCAGGUGCUGGUGUGCAGCUGCUUCGUUCCUUUCUACUGCGGCGUGAUCCCGCCGAGGUACCGCGGCGUGCAUUACGUGGACGGCGCCGUGAGCGACAACCUGCCCCGGUGUCACCGGAAGGACACGACGACCUUCUCCCCGUACGCCGGCGAGAGCGACCUCUGCCCCCGGGCCAGCGCCGGGAAUUACCCCCAGGUGCGCUUCAGCAACGUCAGCAUCCAUGUGAACUCGGAGAACAUGUCCAGGGUCACCAGCACCUUCUUCCCCCCGCCGCCGCAGGCGAUGGCUGAGAUCUGCCAGAGCGGCUACGCGGACGCUCUCCGCUUCCUUCAGGAGAACAAUAUGAUCAGCGGCGAGCGUCCUGCGAGGAGUUUGGAGACGGACGCAGCCGGACCUGCUUGUUGUGAGCAGCCGGCUGAAGACGAGGAGUCCAACGCGGGAGUGAAGACACACGAGGAAGAGCACCGGUGGCUGGAUCCACAGCUCAUAGAAAACCUCCCAGUGAAUAUCCAGAAGGCGCUGUGUGAGGCCUGCAGGGAGACGUGUGCUGCCGGCGGCCUGCUGACCCAGGUGACCUCUUACCUGAAGGUCCCAUACACUCGGCCGCUGGAGUCCGCCUACUCUAUGGCCAAAAGACUUUUCCUUCAUGUGUCGAGUGACGUGGGCCGGCUCUACAGACGGGCCUGGAAGGACGAGGUGACGCACGGCGACGGUGAGUCGUCGUCGCUGCGCAGAAGCACCAGCCUCUCAUUGGGCCUCGACCUUUUGACCCAGAGCACCGACGACCCGGACGGCCUCCCGCUGACCCCCGGAGCCGCUCCGCCCUCCUCCGGUCUCGCCUGGGAUACGCACACUAAGCACUUUCCUCUGACUCCGCCCCUCACGCCCACUGCCAGCCCCGCCUCCGGGUUCGGCGACGCCCCCAAAAGCUGGGGUUUGGGCCGAGCCGUGGGAUGGAUCCGAAAUGUCGCAUCCGAGCCAACGUCGGACCUCGAGGGAGACACGAACUAUUCGGCGAAUAUGAGUAACGUCGAUGUGGAAGGAGGAGAACGCGAAGAUGUCGAAUAAAUUAAUUCAAAACCA